AUGGCUGCAGACGAAUCAUAUAAAAAUCUGGGUAUUCUUGAACCUAAGGAUGGAUGCAAAUCAGAAGAUAAUUCAAAAGUCACCGUAUGGCCAAUAUACAUUACGCUUUACGAGUUGCCACCACGUUUAAGAAAAGAGCACGUGAUUUUGGCAGGGCUUUGGGUAGCUAAAAAUGAUCCGCCAAUGAAUAUUUUCCUGAAACUACUUGUCGAUCAGGCUGAUAGAUUAUCGACGAAUGGAUUCAAAUGGAUGCGUAACGGAGUAGAAAUCACUAGCAAAUUGUUUCCACUGGGAUGUUGUGUAGAUUCGGUUGCACGGUGUGCAAUGUUGAAUAUGAAAAAGUUCAACGGUCAUGAUGGCUGUACAUUUUGUGAGCAUCCGGCGGUGCCUGUCGAUGGAAGAUACAGUAAUGAUGAUGCUCGCGACAUUGAGAAAAAUGCGCAAAACAUUUCAUCUUCUGACGACCAACUGCAGUUUAUGACUCCUAAUUUCCUACCAUAA